AUGUCUAAAAUUUUUCAGCUGUUCGCCGUGCCUCGGGCAAACAGAGACAAGGGAGAUUACUUACGGCUCCCGAGAGACGUAAAUGGCAAGUCUAGUCUUGAAGAUGAAAGCCAGGAUUCACCACGCAACAAGACUCUUGUCUUUGGCCAAGUCGUAUCGUUCGCGGGUCGCCUCUUAAUUGUGUCGUUUGCGGCCUACGGUCUCUAUUCUCUUCUUACAUCGCCAUCCCCCUCCACCUUGCAACCUCGUGGCAUGUCUUGCAACUGUGGCGAAACGAUUGAAGAAGCUCGCGCAAACGAUUGCGUGUACGAUUCCCUUGCCGCCGCUUGGCUUCCGCCUCAUUGUCGAUCUCCUGAGUUGACGGCAGAGUUCGAGUCCUUGGGCCCAAACGAGCCCGACGCGAUAGGGAACACCUGGGGCUACUGGCAUGACAAGAAUAAGACGAACCCUAUGACCCUGGAAGAAGUAAGCCAAUUGCCAGAGGCUGCUCGACACGGCCAAUAUGCUCGCUUCUUCGCCACACACGAAUGGCACCUCGUGCAUUGCGUGUUCUACUGGCGCAAGAUGUGGGAGGCUGCGCGGUGCGCGCGAGGAGAUGUGGGUGCAUUUUGCGGCAAAGACGGCGUGCUGGUUAUUGAGAAACGCUACGACACGCUCAUGCAUAUCAAUCAUUGCUUGACCAUGUUCUUGAUGAGGGAUCCUCUGAAUCACAUCGCCGCUGAGGCCGGGGUCGCUCUUCACUCGGAUGAGCUUCAUAUCGCAAAGCCUCACAAACACCAUGAUCCUGAUUCGGAGGACAAAAAUAAGAGUGCGAACAUCAAAAGCACGAGCUCCAGUAAUUCCAACGACCCUUACGAUGAGACGAAAGAGAGUCAUAAGCACGGGAAGGGCGAUCCAUACGAUGAUUGA